AUGUCUGUGACCAAUGGGAAAUUGGGACCAUCUCUGACCCAGGAGAUCCUUGGCUACCUGGGUCUUGCUGAUAAGGCUGCAGCUUGGGGCACUCUGGGAACCCUCAGGACCUUCUUAAGCUUCAGUGUGGACAAGGAUGUACAGAGGCUACUGAAGGCCAUUGCAGGACAAGGCGUUGACCACACUGCCAUUGUGGAUGUGCUAACCAAUCGGAGCAGAGAACAAAGGCGACUCAUUUCUAGAGCCUUCCAGGAACGCACCCAGCAGGACCUGCUGAAGUCCCUGCAGGCAGCACUCUCCGGCAACCUUGAGAGGAUCGUCAUGGCUCUGAUGCAGCCGGCAGCCCAAUUCGAUGCCGAGGAACUUAGGGCAACUCUGAAGGGCUCAGGUUCUCCUGAGAAUGUGGCCAUGGAAAUUCUUUCCACCCGAGCUCCGCCCCUGCUGCAGGAGUGCCUGGCAGUCUACAAACAUGCUUUCCAGGUGGAGGUUGAGGAGGACAUCAAAUCUGAGACCAGUGGCAUCUUGCAAGAUCUGCUCCUGGCUUUGGCCAAGGGGGGUCGUGACUGCUACUCUGGAAUCAUUGACUACAAUCUGGAGGAACAGGAUGUUCAGGCAUUACAGCAGACUGGAGAACCUGGCAUGAAGGGGGCGUGGGUCCUAAUCCUCACCCAGAGAAAUUUUGAACACCUGGCCCGAGUGUUUGAUAAGUACCAGAGGUACACUGGGCGAGACUUGGAGGAGGCCAUCCGGGACAGUUUCCAUGGAGAUGCCCAAGUGGCUCUACUCAGCCUAGCAUUGGUGAUCAAGAACACACCAUUAUACUUUGCUGAGAAACUUUACCAAGCCCUUCAGGAAACUGAGUCCAAUUACCAAGUCCUGAUACGCAUUCUCAUCUCUCGAAGUGAGAUUGACCUCCUAAGCAUUCGAACUGAGUUCAAGAAGAAAUUUGGGAAGUCCCUUUAUUCUUCUAUCCAGGAUGUAGUAAAAGGGGAUUGCAGGGCAGCCCUAAUGGCCCUGUGCAGGGCUGAAGACAUUUGA